AUGUCGACUGUCCUGUGCGGCAUCUGCAAUGCUGAACCAAAGAAAUACAAAUGCCCAACAUGUUCAAUACCAUAUUGUUCCAUCGGCUGCUUCAAGCUCCAUAAGCCAAGCCAUGCCAAUGAAGCCUCCACUUCGAACACCUCGCAACCCUCUCUACCUGAAAUUCCACAGCCACCGCCCCCAGCUCCGAUGCCUUCGUAUAUCAAGGAGAAGAUAGAUUAUUCGCAAAUAUCCUCCGACCCAAAAUUUCAAGAACUUCUUCGGACCAAUCCAACGCUGUUAUCCUCGUUACAGAAAGUGUAUGCGGCAACAAUCGAACCCGAUCCAGACGAGGUGCGACAUGACCGUGGGGGAUUCUGGGGACGGAACCGAGGCCGCGGUAGAGGGCGAGGCCGGGGGCGUGGUCGAGGAGGCCGCUUUAAUGAUGGGCCCCCUAGAUGGACAGAGAAGAAAGGCGACGAUGACGCCCUGAAAAUACUCAAGAGCAUUCGACAGGGAAAACAAGGCAACCAAGAAAUGGCAUCUAUGGCAGAAUUCAUCAGUCUAGUCGAGGAAACUGUUGAAAAUCAGACUGGUCCCAAAAAGGAGUGA